AGAGCGAGAGAAAGAGAGGGAGGCAGUAGGGGAUGAACACACACAUGCUCAGGCAGGGAUGUGAAGAGGGAGCUCACACACACCUCUCCUGAUUCAGCGGAACAGAUUUAUUCGUCACCUCUCCCGGCAGCCUCACGCAGCGAGCCGGCUGCAAAACACAAGACAAUCCCAAACCCAGCAGCACCUGCCCCGUCCGUCAACCCAUCUGUCUGUCUGCGCAGAUUAACGGCUCUGUUACAACUCUGACUGCGUGCUUACUGGCGUCCACUGCGUCUGAGAGACAGAGGGGGGACACGACAUCCAGACAGACGAGCGGCGAAUGUGAAUGAUGGGAAAACUAAAGAGCGACGACUGCAUUGAGGAUGGGCCAAUGGAUAAACUGCGGGACAAAUAAAUAACCGAAGAAAAAAAAGCCCUGCUUCUGCAUCUCUACCUUAGGACCCCCCUGCAGGGAGAUGUUCAUCAUUAUGGGAUAGAUGCACAGGUCUGCCUGUUGCCAUGGAUACCAGCACGCGAAAAUUCACAGUGCGGAGAUGGUUUUCUAUCUACCUGAAGAACAAGGCAGCAAGGAACAAGAACAACACAGGCUUCUGUCAGCUAGAGGAUGACAGUAUACUUAAGGAGAUUGACAUCAGCCACCAUGUCAAGGAGGGUUGUGAGAAAGCAGACCCCUCUCAGUUCCAGCUGCUUAAGGUGCUGGGACAGGGCUCCUAUGGAAAGGUGUUUCUGGUGAGAAAGAUCAGAGGAGUGGACAGAGGACAGCUGUACGCCAUGAAGGUCCUCAAGAAAGCCACACUGAAAGUUCGGGAUCGUGUGCGGUCUAAGAUGGAAAGAGACAUUCUGGCAGAAGUGAACCAUCCAUUUAUAGUUAAACUGCACUAUGCCUUCCAGACAGAGGGAAAGCUCUAUCUGAUCCUAGACUUCCUCCGAGGAGGAGACCUUUUCACUCGUCUGUCAAAGGAGGUAAUGUUUACAGAAGAGGAUGUGAAGUUUUACCUUGCAGAGUUGGCCCUGGCCUUGGACCAUCUACACAGUCUGGGGAUUAUCUACAGGGACCUCAAACCUGAAAAUAUUCUCCUGGAUGAAGAAGGACACAUUAAGAUAACUGACUUUGGAUUGAGUAAGGAGGCCAUCGACCAUGAUAAAAGAGCGUAUUCCUUCUGUGGAACAAUAGAGUACAUGGCUCCAGAGGUUGUAAACAGGAGAGGGCAUACACAAAGUGCUGACUGGUGGUCAUUCGGGGUACUUAUGUUUGAGAUGCUGACAGGAUCAUUACCGUUCCAAGGGAAAGAUCGGAAGGAAACAAUGGCACUUAUUCUGAAGGCUAAGCUGGGAAUGCCACAGUUCCUCAGUCCUGAAGUGCAGAGUUUAUUAAGAGCGCUUUUCAAGAGGAACCCUGCUAAUCGACUAGGUGCAGGACCAGAUGGAGUGGAGGAGAUAAAAAGACAUCGCUUCUUUGCAUCGAUAGACUGGAAUAAGUUGUACAGGAAGGAAGUGAGGCCUCCAUUCAAACCCACAGUUGGACGACCUGAAGACACUUUCCAUUUUGACCCUGAGUUCACCUCCAGAACACCCACUGAUUCUCCCGGCAUCCCUCCCAGCGCAAACACACACCAGCUGUUUCGUGGUUUCAGCUUUGUUGCAACGAAUCAAAGUCAGGAGCCCAGUGUUGCUACGGUAGCGCCUUCACGUCAGGAGGUGAACAACAUCGAUCCCAUAGCAAAGCAUCUCCAAGGUGAUUUGGCCUUCAGUGAUGUCUAUGAGCUUAAGGAGGAAGUUGGACAGACAGCGACUUCUGUCUGCAGACGAUGUCUGCACAGAGUUACUGCUGUGGAGUAUUCAGUGAAGAUUAUUGACAGAGCGAGGAAAGAUCCAGCGGAGGAGAUCGAGAUUCUGUUAAGAUACGGACAGCAUCCAAAUAUUAUUACCCUGAAAGAUGUGUUUGACAACGGCCAGUGUGUGUACCUGGUUCAGGAUUUACUGAGAGGGGCCGAGCUGCUGGACAGAGCUCUGACGGUGCCAAAUUUUACAGAGAGAGAUGCGUCAGACAUCAUCUGCACGCUGACCAAGACUGUGGAAUAUUUACAUUCACAGGGGGUCGUGCAUCGAGACCUGAAGCCCAGUAACAUUUGCUAUGCUGAUGACAGUGGACUCCCAGAGUGCAUCAGGAUAUGUGACUUUGGUUUUGCCAAACAGCUCAGGGCUGAGAAUGGCCUAUUGAUGACUCCCUGUUACACAGCUACGUUCAUGGCUCCUGAGGUGCUGAAGAAACAGGGUUAUGAUGCAGCCUGUGACAUCUGGAGCCUGGGGAUCCUGCUCUACACCAUGAUAGCUGGUUUCAGUCCGUUUGCCAGCAGUUCUGAGGACACAGCAGAGGAAAUUCUGGCACAAAUCGGCAGCGGGAAAUUCAUUACCACAGGAGGGAACUGGGACCUGGUGUCAGACGCUGCCAAGGACAUUGUGAUCAAGAUGCUUCAUGUGGACCCUCACCAGCGCCUGACUGCACCCCAGGUUCUUCGUCACCCUUGGAUUGCAGACAGAGACCAGCUCUCUGACAGAGCUCUCACCAGACAAGAUGCUCUCACUGUCAAGGGGGCACUGUCUGCCACCUACUCUGCUCUGAGGCGCUGCGCUCCGGCUCCAGUCCUGGAGCCUGUUCAGUCCUCCAGCCUGGCACAGCGGCGAGGAAUGAAGAAACUGGGGAGUCCAAAAGUUAAUCCAGACCCUAAAGAAAAGGAGUAGCCCCAAAAAUGUGAAUGGAAAUUUUAAAGAAACGAAUCAUAGACCCCUGAAAUUAAAGAAGACGUACUCAAGCAUGUACAAAGUGCUUGUAGGCCUACAAACUGAAUGUAGCAAAGGGAUGAAGUCUAAUUAACUAAACAAUAAAGCAGUCCGUUAGCACUGGCAUCAGGACUAGCUUCAGUUCACUCAAUUCAAAGUGUAAAUUUUAAACCCUUUAAAUGUGAAACCAAUCUGGUACUCGGCAAUAUAACAGUCUUCGUUGGCACCUGCACAUAACAUGACUCUGAAUCUGAUCAGAACCCAAUGGCCUGAAGAAAUGUACCAUUAUUACAGUAAAAAUCUUAAUCCUGAACACAGAGGGUUUCAUUCAAUCAUACAGAAGCCUUGUUCAAUCCUUUGAUGUCCCUCAGUUUUCCUGUGGGUAUUACAAGCUUAGUUUGAGAGUCCCUCUUGAUUCUGAUUGGUUGAAAAAACAUUUAUCUAAAUUUUCACUUUAAUUGUGAGCCUGGCUCUCAGACUACAUUUCUCAUAGUUUGGUCAUGACUAUAAAGCCAGGAAUUAAACUGAUCUGCAGCUAAUAUUUUAAAGCGUUUAUGUCUUUUUGGUCAUAUGUGUCAGAAUAUAACUAGAGCUGUAGUGCAAUAUAACCAGACGAAUAUAGAAGCUCCAGCAGCUAACAGUGGGACAAAUUAGUCUGGUCACCAAAAUCAGAAACAGCAGUACUCAGUGCCAGAAACAACUUUACUUUUUACAUUCAGCACAAACAUGUACGUCACAGAGUUCAUGCCAAACAUUAAUACUGUCUUCCACAGCCAUUGCUCUACUGUAUCGCACAAUAGAUAUAGUAUGUCGGAGUAACAUGUAUUUGACUGAGGCACUGUCACUCUGAUUAUGAUUUCUGUUUCCUUCAAUCAGUCCUCUGAAUUCUACACUUAUGCAUGUGAAAAAUGUAAAUAUCCUACCAAAGGGAAUCAUUGAGUUGAUGCCAUUGAAGUCUUAUUGUUCAUAAUACGGUUAAUAAUUUCAUUGUAUGUACUGUUGUCUUCCAUAAAAACAGCCUUUGACUCUUGUAAAAUUUAUCGUUAAAUGUAUCGAUACCACAUUUCUCAGAUCAGAUGGAACAGUGAGCUUUGAAGGUGUUUAUGUUGGACGUAGUUUGUUGUGUUUUUUCAUGACAUAUUCAAAAAUGUCAUUUGGCUUAAGAGUAGUCGUAGAGGCAGGGAAUCCCGGAGAGCGUCAUAUGGCUCUUUGGUGAACUCAUAGCAAAACUCUGCAGCCUAUACUAGUUUGUAUUAUUAACUCAGCAUUCGAUGUGAUAGAUCAUCUUUCAGUGUGCGCUCGAGUGUGUCCAGUAGCUGCCAGUACACUUCUGUUCGCUGUUAGUGUCUGAAAGCCAAAAUGUGUGAGAACCACUGUGUCAGAGGAUUGUAUAUACUGUCUAUUGCUGCUGCCCUGAUUGUAUCUAAUAAGUUGUACAAUCACAAAUACGAGGUAAGACUGAACAGGGUGUUUCGCAGACAUGAGUAGCACACUUUGUGUUGUACAAAUACAGUGUUGUACAGUUCACCAGUAGGAAUGUAGAUUAAGACGCUCCACAACUAAUACGCAUACUUACUGGUCAGAGGUUAAACAAAAACAUAUUGUGACGGUAAUUCUGUACAUAUUAUGUUUGCCAACAGACAGGCUGUGUGUGUUGUGACGCACUGCACAACUGUGAGAGGUGGAGCAGGGCCUGAUGCUACUACGAGUAUGCAGAUAAGGUUGUAGAUAUUGUGCUGUACAACCACAAGCUCGAGGUAAAGCUGUAAAUAUUGUUUACUAAUUUAGAUUGUACAUAUCGUGCUGUACAACUAUCGGCAAGCAGUAGGACUGUAUAUAUUGUGUUUGCAGAUAUAUAGAGAUUGUACAUAUUCUAUUGUGUUGUGCGUCCAUUGCUCAGAGUGUACAUACUGUCUAUACCUGGCCAAAUCACUGAAAUUAUUGGCUAGAAUGCCAAAGUUUUACAAAUAAAGGUAAAAGAACG